AUGGCAUCUCGUGCAUCCGAAGCGAGCAGAAGCAUGCUGAGGGGAACACUGCAGCUCGGAGUUGGAGGAGAAACGCACGCUGCGAACUGGCUCCCGCCCUCUUCUCUUCCUUCCUUCCUUUCGAGCUUGCUCACUGCGCACAAAGAGCAGGAGGACGAGGGAGAGAAUGAGGAGGAGGCUGCAUGUGUCGCCUUCAGGCAAAUUCCUGGUCCGCCCGACUCUGACGUCGACUCCGUGCCUGACUCUCCUCACGAUGACGACGACGUUGCUCCCCGCUUCCUGCCACGGCUUGGCAGCAUGAGCGACAGAGGCCUACCUCGCCUGGGGCGCCCGCCUGAUCAACCCGUGCGGUCGCCCAACGUCUGGCGCCCCAAGCGCCCACCCGACCAACCCGCACAACUCCUCUUGCUGCGUCUGGCUCAGCAGCCCUGUCUCCUGAAACCUUUUAUGAGCCAGCCUCAUCUUUACUCCCAACUGAAGGAGCCUCGACUGACUGACUCGAGUGGCGCAGACCUCUGGGAACAGGUUCUGAUCCUCAACGGUGGUCACAUCUCGUUUGAAUGCCAAGGUCAGGUGUGGCUGCCCAAUGGAACAGGUGUUCAAACAGAAAUGUUGCUCACAGGGGGUAAGAGAUGGGCAAUUCUUACCCUCCUGUGCUUGGUGGCCACUGGUUUGCUCUACAAUUCCAAAUGGAAUCUGUAUUUGCUCUGGCCGAGAGGGUUCCAUGAUUGCAAUUGCCGGAAAUGCUUGACUGAGGGUGAGCACGAGUUUAAAGCGCUGAUGGAUGCGUCGCCCAAGCCGUUUUUGACGAAGCAAAACCCAACAUCGGAGGAUGAUUUCGACUGGUGGAAGAAAAUUCAGCGGGAAACACGGCCUUUCAGUUUCUUCAAUGAAACUGUCGACAAACUAUUCACAAUCCUUCCACCCAAUCCCGGAGUUGAGCAGCAAUCACCCUACCGCUGCAGGUCCUGUGCAGUCGUGGGUAAUUCGGGUAAUCUGAAGGGCUCACACUAUGGACCCCUGAUUGAUCACCAUCACAUUGUGAUAAGAAUGAACUACGGGCGCACCAAGGGCUACGAAUCGGAUGUUGGGACCAAGACAACUUAUCACAUCAUGUAUCCUGAGAGCGCCAUCUUUUUGGACAACAACACUCGUCUCAUCUUCUUUCCAUUCAAAAUAAAGGACUUGCUUUGGCUCCUCAAGAACUUCGCCCCUCAGGAAAAUGGUCAGAAGAACCCAAAGAGGCGUGCCAACAAGGAUCUGGUAAUGAUUCUCAACCCAGCCUUCAUGAAAUAUGUUCACACAAUGUGGCUGGAGAAAAAAGGCAGAUACCCAUCCACUGGCUUCAUGGCUUUGCUGCUCAGCUUGCAGAUUUGUGAUGAGGUCAAUGUUUUUGGAUUUGGAGCUGACGGAGAUGGAAAUUGGAACCAUUAUUUUGAAAUCCUCAAGAACAAAAAGCUGAAAACUGGACCUCAUGCUGGCACGCAUGAAUAUGACGUCAUUCAAAAGUUGUAUGAGAAAGAAAUCAUUAACUUUUUUAAAGGACAGUAA